AUGUUGAAGUUGCCUACCUAUGUAGAUGUGUUGGAGAGGGCCAUCAUAGCGGAAGGAAAUAUUGCUGCACAAAAUCGAAUUUCUGAAUGGAAGGGGAAAAGACAAAACAGCCAACGGUCGAAGGGGUCAACUACUCCACCAAACAAGAAGCAAAAUUCAGGGACUUCACAUGCUUCUACCCCUAGUCAGGAUUCAAUUCCCGUAUGUGUGGAGUGUGGAAAGAAGCAUCGUGGAAUAUGCUACCGGAAGUCUGGAGCCUACUUUCAGUGUGGGAAAACGGGUCAUGUGAUAAAGGAUUGCCCUCAGGGGAAGCAGCAACAAAGUGACAAUAUGACUACUACCAGUUCAGUGGGGUCUGCACCAACUACCAACCCCAAGGCACCGGCCAAACCAACUAACAAUAAAGAUACCGCGAGACAAGGCAGGGUGUUCUCAUUGGUUCCAGGAGAUGUGCAAACUGCGGCAACAGUGGCGUCAAGUACAUUUAUUGUUCACGGUCAUUCUGCCCAUGUAUUGUUUGAUUUUGGUUCCACCCACUCUUUUGUGUCGAAACUAUUUGCUCCUAAUUUAGAUAAAACUGAAGAAAACUUGUCUUAUAUAUUAUGUGUGUCAUCACCUUUGGGAGACCCUAUGAUCUGUACUUCUGUAUAUUUAGCUUGUGACCUCCAACUUGGGGAUAGUCGGGUGCAUGCUAAUCUGUUACCUCUCGACAUGACCUAUUUUGACGUUAUUCUGGGAAUGGAUUGGUUGAGUGAAUAUGGGGCGACUAUAGACUGUUUGACUAAGUAA